UACAAUAUUUGUUGUUAAUAUUCUUUGUUUCAAGUACAAAAGGUUACACAAACAUCUUGUUCACGAUAUCGGGACAGAAGGAUCCUAAUUCUAGCUACACAGAUUGCUUUGAAUAUCAAGAGCCUAAUGUCAAUGUUACUAAGAAAUCUAAAAUAUACGAAGAGACAACCACCGCCACAUAUGCUGUCGAAAAUGAUCCAAUGGUGAUGUUUCAAGAUAUUUUGAAUAAAUAUCUAUAUGGGCCAUCACCUCCGACUCAAUCCGACAAAAACAAAACACGUCUGAUUGGUUACAAGAACAAGACAAUUCCUUACCAAUAUCCAACUGGACAUGUGUUGCGUGCGGAGCUAUACCAGAACAAGAGUGGCGUGCAUCUCCCCAUGCCAGAGUUCAUGCACCGCGGCCGUUGUCGUCUCAAUGUCACCAACGACUUCAUGCAGACCGCCGUCGACGCGUUCGCUAUUUUCUUAGAAGGCGAUCUUAACGACAUUUUGAGACUACCGCCAACCUAUGUUCUGCAUUCGGCUCGUACCAUCUCGAUGAUGAACAUAGCUCGAGAGAAACUAGCAGCGACCUGGACCGUGGUCAAAGAAAACAAACCCAACGAAGAGAUCUCCAUACAGACUCUGGAGCUAUACCGACCUUUAUUUAAAUAUCUUAACGGGAAGGAGAUCGCUAAACUUAACUUGACCGAUAAUCGAAUCUUGACUUAUGUAGGAACACAUGCAGAGUUGAACAGACAUCAAGUUGGAGUUGUAGCAAGUAAAUACAUAAAACUCAACCGACGUUGGUCUGAACCGAAGUAUUUAAAUUUGAUGAAUAACUUACUGUGCGGUGUACCAAUGACGUUUAUGCGAAGAGUACCAGAGAAUACCUACCUGCAACUUACACAUCAGCUAUUUUAUCACAUACGUGCUUGUGAUCCGUUGCAGCGGCGGUUUUAUUUGGCUAUGAUGACAAAAAGUCAGGCGCUUGGCAAGGCGUACAGUUGGAACGCACGUGACGUAUCGCGCUUGGGUCUUCUUCUGGCUGAAGUGGACGGAACCGACUUGGGUGUUAUUAACCCGGAAGCAGUUGCUGGGAUUACUGCACACGUAAUGCAGACAAUGAGUGCGCAAAAUUUACUUUACUUUACAGACUUGCAACUGAAAUAUAUGGGACAGAAACCUUUAAACAUUCUCACAGGUAAACUCAAGCAUUACAAGGAUGGAAUGAAAAUAUAUAACUCCGAAUUCAGAUUGAAAUCUGUUGUCACGAUUCCAUUUGUUCUGUUAUUUUUAAUAUGUAAAUAACUAAGAUAGUGCAAUUUUACUAAAGAAAUUAAACGACAAGUUCCUUUUAAUCAAUG